ACUCGCUAAAGACGCGAAUAGCAGGUGCGUUUUUAUUAACAGCAUCCGACAUGGUCGAAUACUUAACAGUGCUGACAAUAUCUUUGCUCGUCUUUAAUGUAAUAAAAUCGACGGGCUGUGAAAAUCUAUGGUGUUAUGAGUGCAAUACUAAUUUAAAAAAUGGCCAUCAAAGAGAGUGUAAUGAUCCUUACGUCCCAGGACAUUCUAUGGGUUUGGUAUUUUGUCCUAGAAAUGAAUCGUUUCAUUGUCUGAAAGGUGUUAUAAUGUAUAGGAACAUCCUGGUAACGGUAAGAGGAUGUGUACCCAGUCGAAAAAUUGAUCGUUAUUGUGAACAUGAACAAUAUUAUCCACAUUCGAGCAUCGAAUGUUUCUUUUGCGAGGGCUAUGCUUGUAAUAAUCAUCCAUCAAUGAAACCUAAUAUUUUAGGAAUUGUCGUUCUAAUGGCGUUGAAUUUGUCAAAAAUGUUGAUACCGUCAAUAAUCUAACGAUUUAAAGAAAAAUUUGUUCUUUUUUGUGACGAUAUUAUUGAUAUUAAUAAAUUAAAACGUAUGAUAAACAGUACAAAUAAGUGCAAAUAAAUUAUGGAGAACAAUUUAUUUAU